GAGGGAGCGCCCGAGCCCGGCAGAGCCGAGCGGAGCGGAGCAGGGAGGUGCUGCGGUGAGGCAGGCAGAGCCCGGCCGGCCGCCUGCGGCUCCGCGCCGAUCGUGCUGCGUCCCCGGGCUCCGCGCACCCCCGCCUCUGCCCAGGCUCCCGCAAAACUUUUAUUCUCUAGGGCCCCCUGGGUGUCUGAAGGACUCGGAGAGCUCGGCCCGCUCCGCGCUCCCCUGCGGCGGCGACCAAGGGGACGUGCAUCUCUCACCCGCGGGGCUCUAGCGCCUCGCGCCUCUUCACCUGCCGAUCGCUCCCCGGAGCAGCGAGGGGGCACCCGUGGAGGCGCCGCGGGGGCGCCAGCGCCCCGGAACUCUCCCGCCCACCGCGGCAGACCCGCCCGGCGCAACUUUAACUUGAUUUCUCUCGUCCAGCCCCGGCACCCGCGACUGCUGCUGCCACCGCCGGCGUCUCGGCAGCCGCCGCCUCACAAAGGGGCGUAGGGAGGGGAGGCGGCGCGGGCGGCUGGCUCAGACGUCGGUGUGCUGGGCGCGGGCCUUCGGGCCGCAGAGGCCGGGAGACAAAAGGGAAACUGCCUCUGUUCACCGUGCGGGCUCGGAGCUGCCUGCUCGUCCAUCUUCCGCCCGGCUCCGUGAGCCUCCUCCCCCUAACCCUCGGCUGCUGCUCCGCCUCCCUCCCCGCGGGCUUUCCCCGCAGUGCUCCGGGACCCGGCGAGCUUUCGGGGCGCGCGUCGCUGCUGGUGGUUGGGGCUCUAGCGAUAAUAAAUGAUAGAGGAUACAAUGACUUUGCUGUCUCUACUGGGUCGCAUCAUGCGCUACUUCUUGCUGAGACCUGAGACGCUCUUCCUGCUGUGCAUCAGCUUGGCGCUGUGGAGUUACUUCUUCCACACGGAUGAGGUGAAGACCAUCGUCAAGUCCAGCCGGGACGCCGUGAAGAUGGUGAAGGGCAAGGUGGCCGAGAUCAUGCAGAACGACCGACUGGGAGGGCUCGAUGUGCUGGAGGCCGAGUUUUCCAAGACCUGGGAGUUCAAGAGCCACAAUGUGGCCGUGUAUUCCAUCCAGGGCCGGAGAGACCACAUGGAGGACCGCUUUGAAGUUCUUACGGACCUAGCCAAUAAGACGCAUCCGUCCAUCUUCGGGAUCUUUGACGGGCACGGGGGCGAGACGGCAGCUGAAUAUGUAAAAUCUCGACUCCCAGAGGCCCUUAAACAGCAUCUUCAAGACUACGAGAAAGACAAAGAAAAUAGUGUUUUGUCUUACCAGACCAUCCUCGAACAGCAGAUUCUAUCAAUUGACCGAGAAAUGCUAGAAAAAUUGACUGUGUCCUAUGAUGAAGCAGGCACAACGUGUUUGAUUGCUCUGUUGUCAGAUAAAGACCUCACUGUGGCCAAUGUGGGUGACUCGCGUGGGGUCCUGUGUGACAAGGACGGGAAUGCCAUUCCUUUGUCUCAUGAUCACAAGCCGUACCAGCUGAAGGAAAGGAAGAGGAUAAAGAGAGCCGGUGGUUUCAUCAGUUUCAAUGGCUCCUGGAGGGUCCAGGGAAUCCUGGCCAUGUCUCGAUCCCUGGGGGAUUAUCCGCUGAAAAAUCUCAACGUGGUCAUCCCAGACCCAGAUAUCCUGACCUUUGACCUGGACAAGCUCCAGCCCGAGUUCAUGAUCUUGGCAUCAGAUGGCCUCUGGGAUGCUUUCAGCAACGAAGAAGCUGUUCGAUUCAUCAAGGACCGCUUGGAUGAACCUCACUUUGGGGCCAAGAGCAUAGUUUUACAGUCGUUUUACAGAGGCUGCCCUGACAACAUCACAGUCAUGGUGGUGAAGUUCAGGAAUAGCAGCAAAACAGAAGAGCAGUGAACCCUCUGGGGUCUCAGCUGCCUUAGACUAAAGGACUUUCAACACACUGGUCUCUUUUAAUGUAGUGAAAGGUGUGGGCGUUACAGUUAGGAUCAUCCAUCCCAGACAUGGGGUUCCCCAUCCCCGGCCGUCUUAAGUCUAUGUGCCGUGAUGAACAGAGGGUGUUCUUGGCCAAUGUAGUUGAGAGGCUGGAAAAUGGUUUCUUCGUGUUUUCCCAACUCUUUCAUCCAAUGUUCAAAAUAUAUAAAUAUAUAGCUGUAGAGUCACAUGUAUGAAGUGAACGGCAUAUGUGCCACAUAUUCUCCUUUUACGAUUGUUUUCAAGAUCCCUUACAGGGCCCUCCAGGCAUCAGACUUUGUGUCCUCUCAUUGGAGCAGUGAGUCAGGGCCGAUGUGGCCACACCCUAUGCUGAGGGGCAGAGCUGUCCUGAGAAUGCUUUGUCCUCCUGAGCCCAGGUUUUCUGCUCUGCAGCAGCCCUGCAGACACAGAUUUGGAAAUGGUUUAUUAUUCCGUGGCUACUCUUGGAGGCUGAGGGACGUGGGGAGGAUGAGAGCCGCCUGCACGGCAGAAGUAAACUUCUUCCCUCGCUUUCUUUAUUAGUUAAAUAGACUUUGUGUACCACCUGA